AAACAGCGGGCUUAAGGCAUUUAUGUACGGCUUGUUACGCAUGUAGGACAGAACCAAAUGCUGAGCAACUGGGAACACGAAGUUAGCAAAAGUUGUACGAUUUGAACCGUGUGCCUGUAGUGCACCUGUAGUGCGCUGUAGUUUAAAAGAUAGCCCAGCGAAGACUAACCCUGAGGUAUAUACAUGCUUAUUUAUAUACAUAUGCACAAGUGGACGGUUCUUCGUACUUGCUUGUGUGGUGUUGCACGUGUAGUAAUCUGAUGACAAACCAAGAAAAAAACCCACGAAGUAAGCGGUAAGUCUGAUUCACACAUGAUGGCAUCAAAUACCAUAAGUUUGACUCUGAUUCGGAACAGAGUAUCAGAAACUGAGCAAUCUGCCAUUCCUAUGACAGAUUGCGCGAGAAAAGGAUCUGCACUUAAGGCGGCUAAUGAUGGAACACCGAUGUCAUGUGCCGGUUCAGCCGGAGCUUCUGAUUCCGGAGUGCAUUCACCGAUACCGAAUGACCCAAGUGACAGCGUCAUUGAAAAGAAGGGAACAGAGCUUGUACUGGUCGUGACAGGUGUGACAGGUGUGACAGGCAUGACAACUGAACUGUGCGACAGCGCUUGUAGCGCUGCUGGAACUCACCCGUGUUCCCGUCCUAACGAGGUACCCCAUGUGUCACGGAUUGCUGAAGAUCUCGAAGGAAAGAAGUGUUGUCACGUGAUGGGUUGCGACCAAGAACAUUUUGAGAAGAUCAAAUACACAGCCUUUGUUUUUGUGGUCAACAUUGCCUUGGGAGGACUCUUCACCUUGACACCCACAGCUUUCCUGGACCUCUUACAGCAGACCGAGUCGAACGUUCAGCAAGGUUCUCUUAUGUUUAUCAUUGGUUCGCUAGGAUACACGCUUGGCUCACUCGUCAGUGGUCACCUAUACGACAAACUCAACGUCAAUGUUAUCUUCAGCAUUAGCGCCAUACUGGCCGGAUUCUUCAUCAUCUUCAUACCGAUGUCUAGCAGCUUGGCCGUGGUUAUCUCCCUUCUCUGUCUCAGCAAGGUCUUCCAAGGAAGUCUUGAUUCAGGUAGUACUUUGUUGUGCGCAAGAAUAUGGGGUAAUGCGGCGAAUCCUUACCAGCAAGCUGUAACGUUCUUCUACGCACUGGGAGGAAUUAUUACGCCUUUCGCGAUGGAGCCGUUCUUGUUUGUAUCAAAAGAACCCCAGUUAGAAGCAAAUCGAUCCGGACACAUCGCCUUGGGUACUUUUGUCAUGGGCUGGAGCGACAGGAACGACAGUGCGAUCGGAAAGUCCAGCCAAAGUCUUGCAAUCCAAUCAAACUCCAAUUUAUUCCUACCUUUCAUUAUUUUUGGUACCUUUAGCGUGUUAACAUCAAUGCCUUUCGUCCUGAAGGUCUUCUGUGAGAAGGUCGUAUGCAAACGCGAUAUAUCUACGGGGUCUCCAGGAAGCAAGUCACGGUCGUCAGGCAUUUCCGGGAAGCUAGUCGUCUUUACACUGAUCCUGAUCGGUGCAUUUUUCAUGGCUUACGGAUACCUAUGGGGUCUUGGUGAAUAUUCUAUGCCAUUUACCGUGGACUAUCUGGGCUGGAGCAAGAAAGAGGGAACGCAGCUUAACUCAGUCACAUGGAGCGCUCUGGCUGCUGGUUGUUUCGUUGGUAUCUUCGUGGCUCGCUGUCUCCGGCCAUCCUACAUGAUUCUUGUCACUCUGACCCCAAUUACGUUAGGCCUUCUCGCUCUCCUCCUGGCUGCUCGCAGUUCGGGACAGGUCGUUUGGAUCGCUUAUAUCUUUAUCUUCGCCGGAGCGGGAUCGCUGCAUCCGGCCGCUGUUUCCUGGGUGGAUCAGAGACUGAUCCGAGUAAAUGGCAAAAUCUGUAGCCUCUUCGUCGUGACCAUGUCUUUAGGGGACGUGACAAACAACCUUCUUCUGGGCUACCUCUUCCAGAACGACUCUCCGAUGUGGUACGUUUAUCUCACCUUCGGCAGCUCUGUGUUCCAAUGGAUGGUGUUACUCGGUUUGUACAGCACGAAGUUUGUCAAACGCGGACAGUUUGCCCUCAAAGAUGCACGAUCAGAACAGGCAGAUGUUGCUAGCGUUCCUAUCCCCCAAGAUUAGAUGAUGUGUAUUCAUGUAUCUUUCGGUGCUGUCCACAAAAUGCUUUCCACUUUCGUGCUAAUAUAAAAGACUAAGGCAUGGACAGCGAAGACAGUGCUGUAUAUGUCGCUGGCAAAUGACCAUAUGUACUAGAGGAGUGUAUAAGGUACUAAUUUUUAAGCAUAUGAAUUAAUAGUCGUAAUAUAAUUAUUUGUUUAUUUGAUUGGUGUACUCAAGAAUAUAUCUCUUAUACGACGGCUGUCAAAACGUUAUAUAUGGUGAGCGGAAAGUGGAAAAAAAGUCCGGGGAAAACCCAUGGCCAUCCCUUGGACUUGAACUCGGAGCGACCCCAUUGGUGAGGGGCUCCUGGUUUAUACCUCUGCCCCAGUAGAAACAAACCCCUUUUCUAGUAAAUUGACAAGAAGCCGGAUUUCAUCGCUAAUACAUGUGACUAUUUGCCAACUAUCAUACUGUCUCGCUGAAUUACGGUUGGAUUUUAACUGUUUGUGUAAAUGCUUAAAAACAGCCACUUACACGCCCUCUGCCACCAUGGGUGACACAAAAAAUCUCAGAUAAAUACAGUGCAGUGAUGUUAAUAGCUAUUUAUUAGAUGUAACUGGCCUAGACAGUUUUUAAUGUUAAGACAAAGCUUUGUCCUGAACAGUUCAGGAAAACGGGGCUUUCCUUGUACUCAACUCGACCUCGAUCGCGGAACGUCUUUUUCUGUAUUUGACGGAAUCAACCCAGACUGAGGGACAUACCUUAAUCAUGCACCAGGAGUUGAAGAUUACUUCGAAGUUUGUGCCCCCUUUUUAACAGAUCUGAAAACUUACGGCUUGUUCAGUAUUUUCAGCAAAGUUGAUAGACAAGUUAUUGCCUUUCGUUACGAUAUAAUUGAAAGACGUACAGCAAUGAGAGUAAGGCCAGAACAACGACAGAGUAGAAAUUGGCAAAUGUUCACACGUAACCGAUGAAAUACGGCCUCUUGCCAAUUUACCUAGGUCAGGGUUUUAUUAUAGCUGCUCAUGUAAUUGCAUAAAUAGUAGCGAUUGGCUUAAUAGAAUUAGGUAAAACAAAUAUGCAGUGAUAUUAAUUGCAAUUUAUUAAACGUCACAGGUCCAGAAUUACUAAGUGCUGUGUUGUCAUCACAUUUAAAGUACAAGACAUCAUCUGGCCAAAACAUAUUGCAAUCGAAAACAGGAUUUUGAAGUUUUCCAUAAAGGAACAUAUUUUGUCAUUUUAAUGAGAUUUCACCGAAUAACAUGUAGAACAAAAUGUCAAUACUGCACAAAUGGCUGGUGUGAAUUGCGGCAGACAUCUUGAGAAUUUUAUCCAACCAGACACGUUGCUAUCAGAUUGCGCGGUUUAAUGUGUGACGCAGCCUUUACCCAUUCACUCCAUGAAGUGACAUAUGAAAACACAGAAAUACUGCAUAAGACAUCAUUUUAAGAUCGUUUACAACGAUUUAGUUACGUGUAACCGAGAGGCCAUUUCGCAUUGUGUUGUGGGAAAGGUUUGUAUCAUUUGCAGGCCACCACAGACGUAAAAUUAGAUGAUUUACAUGCCAUGUAACAUUCAACGACGGUGUCAGACAGUAGCAUACAGUCUCGGCCUAAACCGUAGUAGAUCCGUUGUAGAUCUGUAGAUCCAAGGUCUACUUAGACACGCUGUUCAAAUUAUACAAAUAUAUUUUUUGUCGUUCAUGUCAUCGUUUAAUUUGAAGUUUUUAAAUAACAAAUAUUUGAGUGAAAAAAUUAUCAAGGAUGCCCAAAGUUUGUAGGAAUGAGAAGACGGCAUGUCACCGAACAAUGCUUAAAAUUAGUUAUAUCGUGUGAUAUUUUUCUGUGUCUUUUUCUCUGAUCUUAUGAGAAUUGCUUCUUUCUUGCAUACCAGGGACAAUUUUUUUGUUUUCUUUAAUGAAAUACAGUAAAAUUCUUUAAACCCCGUGUUCAAACCCAGGUGAUUUUUCUGACUUCCACGAUAACUGGGUCAGUACUUCUCUCAUCUUUGAAGCCACCACCACAAAACUGAAGCAUAAAAUUCAGGGACAGUUGAAUGCUUAGAUCAGCCUCGGUGGUACUUUUAUUUACUUCCAUAUGUUUCAGAACUGAGCAUGAAUGUAGCUGCACAACAAUCCCAUUGUUAUUUUAAUACUAUUUCGUACAAAUUUAUUUAGUGAAAUAAUUUGUUUAAUUUGUAAAUAUUUAGUGAUCAAGAUCAACAGCACAUCCCCUCCGGAAGCUACGACCUGAAACAGGAAUAAUCCGUCCGUGUAUCUGCAGGCGUAAACUGUAAAUGAUGUAGCAGGCUUUCUGUAUCAACAGUUCAAGCAGUGGAAGAAAUACCCUCUUAGUAUGUCUAGUUAUCGAGAAAGCUAUUUAUCACUUCAACCUUCAUCGCCGAAGUUCACAGCUUUUACCUAACCUACGAUACAAACGGAAAAAAACUUCGACACUAGAGAGCUAGAGUAAACGUGACGUCACCUUGCUGUCGGAAAAUGGUGACGCGCUGAAAAUUCAGGUACCUUGAAAGGCAGUCUUUCAGCGAACAUAAACAUUGGUCAGGUGCUGUCUUUCACUUCAACAUACAAUCACAUUAGGCCUCGGGGAUGCUUUAUCCACCAGCAGAAUCCCGGUUUAUGCAUGAAUACAAUAUAAUUAAAAGACGUACAGCAGUGAGUAAGACCAGACCAGCGACGAAAGUGUGAUAGCUUGUAAAUGGUCACACGUAACCGGUGAAAUACGGCCUCUUGUCAAUUGACCUCAGUCAGGCUUUCGUGUAAAUGCAUAAAUAGUAUCAAUUUACACGCCCCCUAUUACCAGGUAAGCGUCAUCUCAGUAUGUGCCAGCUUCUUAAAGAGAACGUGCAUCGGUCAAGCAGUUCUAGAGGUCGACAGUAGCCAUACCGACUCAUGAAAAUGAAUCAUAACGGUCCUCCUACAGACCUAAAGGCAAUCUGUAAGUAUGAAG